ACUGGAGGUUCUGCAUAUAGCACGCAGCAGAGUCCUGUGGAUUGUUUUUUCUUCCAUUUUCCCUCCUGCCGGCUUUCUUCAGAGAUUUCUGUGGCCGUCUGUUUUUAAGCAGUAUCAAGUGGAGCAUGGAAUUCCAAAGCCGAGGGCGCUCCUAUGUCAUUCCAGAGAAUGAAGAGAUCUCGCAUGCUUCUCAAACUGUACACAAUGAUCAUGGAAAUGAAGACGAGAGAGCAGUGUCAAAACUGCAGCGUAGGCACAGUGACAUAAAAGUAUACAAAGAGAUAUGUGACUUUUAUGCAAGAUUCAACAUGGCAAACGCUCUUGCCAAUGCUAUGUGUGAGCGCUGUCGAGGAGGCUUCGCACCAUCAGAGAAGAUUGUGAACAGCAAUGGUGAGCUGUAUCAUGAGCAGUGUUUUGUGUGUGCCCAGUGCUUCCAGCAGUUCCCUGAAGGACUCUUUUACGAGUUUGAAGGAAGGAAGUAUUGUGAACAUGACUUUCAGAUGCUGUUUGCCCCUUGCUGUCAUCAGUGUGGGGAAUUCAUUAUUGGUCGUGUCAUUAAAGCUAUGAACAAUAGCUGGCAUCCAGAGUGUUUCUGCUGUGAUAUCUGCCAACAGGUACUGGCAGAUAUUGGAUUUGUGAAGAAUGCUGGCAGGCACCUUUGCCGUCCCUGCCACAAUCGAGAGAAAGCCAGAGGCCUGGGCAAGUACAUUUGCCAGAAAUGCCAUGCGAUCAUUGAGGAACAACCUCUCAUUUUCAAGAAUGACCCUUAUCAUCCAGAUCAUUUCAACUGUGCCAACUGCGGAAAGGAACUUACUGCUGAUGCUCGAGAACUGAAGGGAGAGUUGUACUGCUUGCCUUGCCAUGACAAAAUGGGGGUCCCCAUCUGUGGAGCAUGCAGGAGACCCAUUGAAGGGCGAGUGGUGAAUGCAAUGGGAAAGCAGUGGCACGUUGAACAUUUUGUUUGUGCGAAAUGUGAGAAACCAUUCCUAGGUCACCGCCACUAUGAGAGAAAGGGACUGGCAUAUUGUGAAACCCAUUACAAUCAGCUGUUUGGUGAUGUUUGCUUCCACUGUAAUCGUGUGAUUGAAGGAGAUGUUGUGUCCGCCUUGAAUAAGGCCUGGUGUGUCAACUGCUUCGCAUGCUCCACUUGCAACACUAAGUUAACUCUCAAAAACAAAUUUGUGGAAUUUGACAUGAAGCCUGUCUGUAAGAAGUGCUACGAGAAGUUUCCUCUGGAGCUCAAGAAAAGAUUGAAGAAACUAGCAGAAACUCUGGGAAGGAAGUGAGGCUCAGCUUCAGAUUUCCUCUUGCCGUGCAAAAAUUAGGAAACAAAACUGUUGUUAUGAGACUUACUUUUGCUGAGUCUUUGGAACCCAAGCAUAUCCUGCCCCCAUUUCUCUCUGCAUGACUAGCUUCAUAUUGAAAUUGUUGUCUCGCCACCUUGAAAAUAUACUUCUAGAAAACCCUUUUACAUCUUGCAUAAUCUCAUACCCAACCAUUAAAAUUCUGUAUUUUACACAUAUAUUUGUAGAUGCAUACAUCAUAUUUGCGUAGUAAAUGGCAGAUAAAAACUGGGACUUUUAUAUACCACAGUGGGAACCAUUUUAGUGGACGUGGGGCACCAUGUAGCAUACUAAGCAGAGCUCAGUGGGCUUAGAAGAGUGUAACUGCUUAGGAAGGCACUGCUAAUUAUUUCUCUGAGUCCAGAGUGACUCUCACCAAUUGGGCCAAGGUCAGGAAGAGACGAAAGAAAAAAUGUUGACAGUUUGUAGGAACACCAAACAGAAGAAACAAAAAAUAUAUCACACAGUCACUAUACCCAGGAACACCAAACAGAAGAAACAAAAAAUAUAUCACACAGUCACUAUACCCAGGCUGCUUAAGGCUCUAAUAUUCUUAACACAAGCACAUAAAUGAAAAGUGAAUUUUAAUAUAAGAUAUGCAAUGUGUAGCCAGUUGCAUCUAUACUAGAUACAUUAAGUUAUUUGUACAAAUCAGAUAAUCAACACUGAAACAAAAUUGUUGCAAAAUUGCAAAAAUUGACAUGGUUGUAACUGAUCUUGAAAUUCACUUUUCAUGUAUGUGCUUGUGUUAAGAAUAUUAGAACCUUAAGCAGCCUGGGUAUAGUGAUUGUGAUAUAUUUUUGUUUCUAUGGUUCGGUGUUUGCCAACUAAACCCACAUUUGUGGUUGCAGUUGUGUUUCGAGUUUGUAGGAUGAUAGCAGGGGCACAUAUGUGAGACCAGUUGAUACAUAAAACUUAAAAAUAAUCACUAGAUUCUGUAUUGACCAGGUAGUUCCCUUCCACGAAAGCACUACUGGUACAAAUGAGGACUAAAUUUGGUGAAGAACCCAACUUUGGUGCUAAUUUUUAUUUGUGCUCUGGUACAGCCAGCCUGCAAUAUUCAGAAUGACUAGAUGGGUGCCUACAAAUCUGACUGUUCUUGUUAAAGAAACAAAAUCAUGUAGGUCUUGCUAGUUGCUUUUUUGUUUUUGAGCCAAUAUGAUGCCACAGGCAUUUUCAGAUGAACUGUUCUUACUCCGAAUAUUGGAAGAUUUUACAAGAACAAAACAGCAUUCGCAACAUUUAGGAGGAAUCUAUAUUUUGUCAGAAAUUCUCCUGAUAGUGGCAAAGGAGAACCAUGUUAGUCUACUGUAGCAAAAUCAAACAAAAAUCCAGUAGCACACUGAAAGCUUUCUGAAUAUAAGAGUUAUUUGCCAUUCUUUAAAUAUUUUAAAGAUUUAUAACAUGCAGAAAUAUUGUACUGUUCAAAGGCUACUAAUGAUUGGCAUUUACAGUGCAGUCUUAUGUCUGUUUAUUCAGAAUAAGGUAUGCUUUUUAAAAUGGGUUUACUCCCAGAAAACUGUGCAUAGGAUUACAACCUUAAUUUGUGCUCAUCAGAACAAAGUCUGUUGUUCUUAACCUCAGCAAGACUAUUCUGGGUUGUGUAAUUUUAGGAUUCCAUACAAAAGUGGAGAACAGCAUUGUCCUGCUGUCACUAGCAAAACUACUUGAAUUCUGCAGGAAUCAUUCUAUGUAACAGACAUUUUCCCUUGUGCUUUUGUGUUUCAUUUCCUUCUUGUGCCUUAAUCUGCCAUACUUAUGCAAUAAUAACCAAAGUAUUUAUCCUUUAUAUAGUGUUAAUUUUAUAUUUUUAUUCAGAAAAUGUAUGCAGUAUUCCAAAAGAUAACAUACAUUACACUCUUUGGAUUUAUAGACUCGUCUUGAAAUGAUGGAAGAUGCUUGAGUUUUCAAGGCACAUUUCCUGGCAGAUAUUAUAAAAUAGUACAUGAAAUAAAAUAGUCCCAGCUCCAGAUGAGUUUAUACUGUAUUAAUGUGUCAAUAAAAUACAGUGUUAUCUA